GAUAUCUAAGCAUUCCCCUGGAUCCACAGAUGUUACUAUUUUUGCAGGAUGGCCACUUCAUCAUUUGGGAUGCGGUCCAACUCUGCCUCUCCUGUUUUUGGCCCAGUUUUAUGCGUCCUUCUGGGACACGGCCACAUGCCUCCACAGCCGUCACACUGUCAAGGAAUGCUGCGAGCAGAGAAAGGCCUUAAUGAACCCAAAACAGCCCCCAUGCAGCUCAACUCAAUGUUACUUUGCUGCAACUGUGUAGGAGACCUGGCUGUCAGAUCAUGUACUACAGGUUGCAGGCUCUCCUGUUGACAUUCCUGGUUCCACACCGACACGGAGAACAUGACUUACAGGCCUGUGCCAGAGGUUGGCAUUGGGCUGUUAAGCCAGCCUUGCCCCUGUCAGGCCGUCUAGAAGAAAAUGCCCCACAAUAUCAUGACUGAGAGGCACUGAGGCUUGGAUUCCCCCCACGCCAUCAUUGCCCUCAACACCCCCUUUGAAUUCCCCUGACCUGUGACCCUUAACCUCCCCAUCCUGCCCCACAAUGCUUCGUUUCCUGCCUCUGAAGCUGGGUCGCCUCUUUCGCUGUCUGAAGCUCCUUUUGGUUGUCGGCCUGUUCGUCAUCCUGCUGAUGAACACCCACAACCUGUUUGCCUCCUUCCAGAAGAAUGAACUGAUGGACCGUCGCUUUAUCAACCUCAACAAGUGCCCUGCCUGCUUCGGGACCAGCUGGUGCAGAAAGUUUAUGAACGGGCAGGUGUCCUUCGAGACGUGGGGGCGCCUGCGCUUCCUGGAUGUCUUCAACGUCAAGAACGUCUACUUCGCCCAGUAUGGCGAGCCAAGGGAGGGGACGAGGCGCGUGGUUCUCAAGCGGCUCGGUUCCAACCAGGAGCUGGCGGACAUAGACCAGAAGAUUUGCAAGAGGGCAACGGGCCGGCCACGCUGCGAUCUCAUCCAGGCCAUGUACAAGACUGAGUUCUCCAGACUGAACGGGGAUGUCCGACUCUUGACCCCUGAGGUGGUAGAAGGCUGGUCAGAUUUGGUGCACUGCCCAUCCCAGAGGUUACUAGACAGGGUGGUGCGCCGCUAUGCAGAGACCAAAGACUCUGGCAGCUUCCUGUUGAAGAACUUGAAGGACACAGAGAGAAUGCAGCUAUUGAUGACUCUAGCCUUCAACCCUGAGCCCCUCGUACUACAGAGUUUCCCGUCAGAUGAGGGCUGGCCAUUUGCCAAGUACCUGGGAGCAUGUGGUCGCGUGGUGGCAGUCAACUACGUGGGGGAAGAGCUGUGGAGUUUUUACAAUGCUCCCUGGGAGAAGAGGGUGGACCUAGCCAGACAGUUGAUGGACAUUGCUGAGCAGCUGACCAACAACGACUUUGAGUUUGCCCUGUACCUGCUGGACGUGAGCUUUGAUAACUUUGCUGUGGGGCCGCGGGACGGGAAGGUCAUUGUGGUGGACGCCGAGAAUGUCCUGGUGGCCGACAAGAGACUCAUCAAACAGAAUAAACCAGAGAAUUAUGACGUUUGGUAUGAGAGUCGCUUCGAGGACUGUGACAAGGAGGCGUGUCUGUCCUUCUCCAAAGAGUCUCUGUGUAGCCGGGUCACUGUGGACCAUAACUACUAUGCCGUGUGUCAGAACCUGCUGUCGCGCUACGCCACGUGGCGAGGUACCACCGGUGGCCUGCUCCAUGACCCCCCCGCCCACAUGGCCAAAGAUGGCCAGCUGGCGGCGCUGUUGGACGAGUGCACCAACCCCAAGAAACGCUAUGGGCGCUAUACGGCAGCCAAGGAGCUGAGGGACUACCUGACUCUGCUGGCCUCCUCGUCUUCCUCCGCCACGGCGAGGUAAUGACAGCAGCUCAGAGAGGACUGUUGUAUGGGGUUGGGUUUGACCACCCCAACCUGUUCCCCAGGAACUUGACCUUUAACCUUUGAAACUUGGCCCUGCUCCUCAUCAACCUACAAGUCCAGGAGUUUGUUCUCAGUCCGUGGUUACAAGGCAGCAACGCCAGCAGUGAUAGGUCCUCUGCUCUUUGAUGGAGGCCCACCUGCACCGCUUCAUAGGAAAUGUUGGAACCGAACUGAGAAGGUCCGAAACCUAGAGACCGAUAUGCAGCUGAGACCUCUUUCAACCUCUGUCGUCCUUCACCUCUUGUUUACAUGAUUCCUCCUGACUUUGGAACUGGUGGUUGGAGCUAUAGAACCAGGAGUAAGGGGGUCAGUCUCCUUUCAAUCCGCAGGGGGGCUGCUGUCCAGUGGGGAGCAAUGGGAAGACUGGGGGGGGCUCCACUGGAGCUUUAACCUCAUGGCUAGGCUAUAGUAUGACUGGUACCCGCCGGCUGUUCUCUACUAGGACUCAUUAUCAACACUGCUAAUCUCAGUCAGCAUUGCUUGGUUUCCUGGUUUGGGGUUGAAAGAACUGUAGCAGCAGGAGUUUUUUUCUGUGUCUGUUGAGGUUUGAGGCUUCUUUCAGGAGGCUGGGCUCGAGUGGAAGGCUGGGAAUGGUACUGUGGUUGAAAGGACUCUAGCCAGGGAAACACUCCUAGUCCCACACACACACCCUGUCAGGCAGCUGGUGGGACCUGGGAGCAGCAGGUAGAGGGAUGGGUGGGGGAGGGGCUGUAAGA